AUGUCCGUCGUGGUGUUUUUCGCUUCACAUUACGCCACCUCAUGUGAGGCGCUCAAUCUCAGGCAUUUGUGCCAUUACCUAAAGUCCGAGGGCCUUGUAAAAUGUUCUGGCAAUCCGGGUGAAGGUCCAUGCACAAAUUGCGCGAGGCUAGAAUUGACCUGCAAUUUUGCCACCGCCGAAGAGGAUGAGGAUGCUACAAUCUCAAGAACGACACCAUCACACAGUCACACAGAGGCCGGUGAUUUGCCCAGAUGCAAGAGAUGCGAGGCUGGCGGCUUGCCCUGUGAGUACACGCCUGCAAAGCGACGAUUCACCAAUGUUCGGUUUCAAAGCGCAAGCAAUGCCGGCGGCUCCAGCAACGCCAGCAAUGCUGGUGAGGCAAGCCCGUCGAUUGCAGGAAACGGCGCCAGGUCGGAGGCGGUUACUAGUCCCGCAUCAAGCACCGGGAGCACCAUUAACAACAAUUUUGCCCUCAUAACGGAUGGGUCAAAUCUGUCUUCCGAGGACAUGCUCGUACGUCGGGAUAUCCUCUUGCGGCAUAUGGACGCGUACAUGGACAACAUGUACUGGUUACCAUGCCAAGGGUUCCUGCACCCGGAAACAACCUACAGAGAAAUCCAAGAAGGCCAUUUCGACCCCGUUGUGGCGGCUGCUGUAUGUGGCAUCACAGCAGUCUUUGUGAGCCCCAGUGACUCUGGUGGCGAAUUCGGCAUCAAAUGCGCCGCACACGUCGAAAUGUACCUGUUCACAAACAUUUACAAGUUUUCCGACGACCUCUUGGUUCUUUUUGCACUAAGCAUAACAUUUAAUCUCAUUCGUGGAGAGUUUGCCAAAGUUUGGCAGUCCUUUGGGGUAGCAUCGAGGUUAAUGCUGGGUCUACGAGUUAAUUGGGAUGUACUACCCCGAAACCAAACGUUUGCUCAACAAGAGUGCCUUCGACGGAUUGCCUGGCAGUUAUUCUACCUUGAUCGCAUGCUUGCUGGUGGAUACGAAGAAUACAUAUCCUGUCGUGCUGAAAACAUGAAGAUUGCCCUGCCCUGCUCGGAGGCUUCGUUUCGAGAAAAUCGUCCAAUCAACGCCGAAAAAUUGUACGACAAACCGGGCAACCAUCCCAGCACCAUCAAUAUGCAUGCAUAUCAACUUCGUCUCAUUGAUUUGCGCCACCGCAUUCAAGUAACUACAAAGCGGCUUUGCAGCUCCAGCUCUCCAGCACAACCACAGCUCGAUGCGUCCAAAGUAAUGGCGGAUAUUAAUAGGCUACAAAACGAACUGACUCGAUUCCACAUGUCGCUGCCGCCUGAGCUUCUACUAAGCGAUCAAACGGUUGCCAAGUACAUGGCCUCCUCCGAGCGAGCUGGCUAUGUGUUUCUGCACACGCAUCUGGCUGUAAGCCAUAUUGACUUAUACCGAUUCUCUUUACCGGGACAGAGGGACAAAGUGUCGACAGAUAUUCUUCGCAAGCUCCCACGGGAGUUUAUAGCCCGAUCACAAAAGCAGGUCGUUGCCCAUGCAAUGUGCCUUGGACGAUUUUGCGAUGCGAUUCAGAACGAGGUGGACCAGUUGGGCGACACCGGAAAACUUGAGCUAGCUGGCGACUACUCAACGUUCCAAAUGUCAACGCACUGCGUUCGCGUGCUACUGUUAGCUCUGCAGUAUGAGCUGUACCGAGACAUCACUGAAGUUACCACAGCGCCUCUGUGGCGAAGUGUUGAAGUUGACGAAGCACAUAUUCGAUUCCUUAUUGACUCCGUCCAGAGAGUCACUCGGCCCUGGUGCGAAAUUUUGAACGUCGCACAACAGGCAUACGAUCACAAUGCGGCACUCGUUGAGGAUUUCAACAAAACUCGCAAGGUGGCCGACCAGAGAGCUGCCGAAAGUAUGUUUGGUUCUAGAUCCGAAGGCUCAAGUCGCCUGCCAGGACCCGAUGCAAUCCUCGAGAGUAUAGCCAUUGGCAGCCUGGAAGGCGACCCGAGACGGAUAUCCUCGCACAGCCCUUCCGAUUCGACACGGUGGAUUCGAGCACAUCCGUCACCUCCCGGACCAACUAUGUUUGCACCACAGAUCAACAGAGCUGGAGCAGCCGGGGCAGACACCGAGGAAAGCGCUCCAGGGAUCCCCCUAUUCCUUGCCCAAGCCAGGAAUAAAGCCGGAAAUGUUACACAAGUACCACUUAUGUACGAUGCGGACAGCUCUUUGAUGCCGAUGGGAGACCUGGAUGCUGUGCUCCCAGACCCAAACCCGCUUAUGAAUGUUGAGGGAAUACCGAUGGUAGGGUUACCACCCGGUGACCCGUCCAUGUUUCAACAACCGAUACCGCAGCCCAGCCCGGGCUUCCUAAUGGCCCAGCAAAGCAUUUUUGGCGGCGAUGCUUUUGUUGACCACUAUAUGAACCGGCAGCACGGUCACGGUGAUUAUUCACAUCCUCCUGGUGGCUACUAG